AUGGGUGGUAUCAGCACUUUUCCGCCGGUCGUAAUUCGCGGAUCAGUGAUCAACUACAAUGGGUUGUUAGCCUCGGCGUAUCCACUUAAAGUUAAACCUCUGGGAAGUUUUCAAAUUUGGAUUCUGGAGUUGGACAAACGUAGAUGGUUACAGACAAUAUUCAAUGCUCUCCCUAUCUUGUCGGAUUUGUCAGGGGAAAUUCAGUUAAACUUGUUAGGCAUGAACAAAGCCAACGAUAUCAUCUUAGGUCCGCUGAAGUUGCCUCCCAAAGGAACACUUUGA